AUGCGCCACGGGGGUGGCCAGAUGCAGCAGGGCAGUGUGGCGGGGGCCACCGCUCUCUAUGAGAAUGGUGGCCCAGCUGUCUCCGGUGGAGAUGCGGGGGAUGCUGUGAUGGCCCGCUGGCUACAGUCUGCCGGGCUGCAGCAUCUGGCGUCUCCAGUGGCUUCCAACGCAGUUGAUCAGCGUAUGCUCCCCAAUUUACUGAUGCAGGGCUAUGGACCACAGUCUGCAGAAGAGAAACAAAGACUUUUCAAACUCAUGAGGAAUCUCAAUUUUAAUGGUGAAACUGUUUCUGAACCUUAUACCCCAAGUGCCCAAAGCUCAGGCGCAUUUGCUUUGUCAGAAGGAUUUUAUUCUCCUGAGUUUAAAGGGGAUUUUGGAGCUGGGCUUUUGGAUCUGCAUUCUAUGGAUGAUACAGAGCUAUUGUCAGAUCAUGUUAUCAUCGAGCCAUUUGAGCCGUCUCCUUUCAUGCCCGCUGUGACCGAAGCAUUUGAAAGUGACUGUGAGAUAGCCAGCAGGCAGCAGAGAGGUCAAACAGAUACAACCGAGGCACCUGCUGGAUCAGCAGUUACUGAAAUAGAAAGCAGCACGAGGGAGAAUAAUUUGGCUAAGAUCAAAGUUGUGGUACGCAAGAGGCCUUUGAACAAGAAGGAAAUUUCUCGCAAAGAGGAUGAUAUUGUGACUGCGUAUGAUGAAGCCUAUUUAACAGUCCACGAGCCUAAGUUAAAGGUCGACCUGACCGCAUACGUCGAGAAACACGAGUUUUGUUUUGAUGCGGUUCUAGAUGAGCAUGUGACGAAUGAUGAGGUGUACCGCAACACUGUUGAGCCAAUUAUACCCACCAUUUUUCAACGUACCAAAGCGACAUGUUUCGCAUACGGUCAAACAGGAAGUGGUAAGACAUAUACAAUGCAGCCACUGCCCCUCAGAGCAGCAGAAGACCUUGUCAGAUUGAUACGUCAGCCAGUUUAUCGUAAUCAAAGAUUUAAAUUGUGGCUUAGCUAUUUUGAGAUUUAUGGGGGGAAACUAUAUGAUCUUCUGAGCGAUAGGAAGAAAUUAUGUAUGAGGGAAGAUGGAAGACAACAAGUUUGUAUUGUUGGAUUGCAGGAGUUUGAAGUGUCAGAUGUGCAUAUUGUGAAAGAAUAUAUUGAGAGGGGAAAUGCGGCUAGAAGUACUGGUUCAACAGGUGCCAAUGAAGAGUCCUCAAGAUCCCAUGCAAUUUUGCAACUGGCUGUGAAGAAGCACCCGGAGGUGAAAGAAUCCAAAAGAAGUAAAAAUAUUAAUGAUGCCAAUGAACCAAGGAGCGGGAAGGUUGUUGGAAAGAUUUCAUUUAUUGAUCUUGCUGGUAGCGAGAGAGGUGCUGACACUACAGAUAAUGAUCGACAAACAAGGAUUGAAGGAGCAGAAAUUAACAAAAGUCUAUUGGCACUCAAGGAGUGUAUUCGAGCUCUUGACAAUGACCAGAUUCACAUCCCAUUCCGGGGAAGCAAACUUACGGAGGUGCUCCGUGACUCAUUUGUUGGCAAUUCACGGACUGUUAUGAUCUCUUGCAUCUCCCCUAAUGCUGGCUCAUGUGAGCACACUCUCAAUACAUUGAGAUAUGCCGAUCGGGUUAAGAGUCUUUCAAAGAGUGGGAACCCAAGAAAGGACCAGACCAAUUCACUGCCGCCUGUUGUCAAGGAACCUUCAUCAUUUGCUCCAACUUUGUCUGUGACUUCCGAGUCAGAGGAUGCGUACGAGCAGCUUCAAGUAUCUAAAGUAGUGGAUACAAGUAGAAGGCAUGCGGCUAAGGAAGUUCCAUCUUUCAGUGAUGAGAAACUUCCCUCCAGUUUUUCUUCGAAUGUUAGAUUCAGUGGGCGUGAGGAAAGUGAGGUGACCACUGGUGAUGAAAAAGAACGUCCCCUUGAAGUUAGAAAUGCUUUUAGGGCUCCUCGUAGCCAGAAGACAUUUUCGGUGGGCAGUUACUCAAAGAGUUCAACUGAUGUUGAAGAGAGAGUGCAGAAAGUGUCCCCAUCACGACAGAAGGCGUACAGGGAUGAAAAGAUUGAGGACGGAAAAAGAGACAUUGACAGCUUGGAGCUUAUGCCGCCAAGUAAUUAUAAGCAGAGGAUGGUAUACAAUUCUAGUUCGAGUAGCACUGACGCUAAACAGUGUGAACCCGAGCCGCCUCCUGAUGGGAGAUUGAAUGAAAUACUUGAGGAAGAGGAGGCCCUUAUUGCAGCCCAUAGAAAAGAGAUUGAAGAUACUAUGGAGAUAGUUCGUGAGGAGAUGAAAUUAUUAGCAGAAGUCGAGCAGCCGGGCAGCCAAAUUGAUAACUACGUGUCACAAUUGAGUUAUGUCCUCUCCCGGAAAGCCGCCAGUCUGGUCAGCCUUCAAGCCCGACUGGCAAGAUUCCAGCACCGGCUAAAAGAGCAGGAAAUUCUGAGUCGAAAGAGGUUACCCCGCUAA